AUGGAGCAAGAACGUUCUGAUUUACAACGAAAUCUUAUUCAAACAUCAUCUCAAUUUGAUCAAGUAGAAAGUGAAAAACAUGGUUUAACGGUAGCACUAGAUGAACUUCGUCGAAAAUUCGAUAUUGAAAAGCGAAAUUUACUUGAAGAAUUAGAUAUGUUACGACGAGCAAGAGAAACAUUUGAACAAGAAAAAAUGCUGCGUGAUCAAGAGUUAAGACAAAUUCGUGAUCGAUCACGCGCUUCAUCCGAUGAGUUAAAAAAUGCUCAAACAAAAAUUCGUGUACUUGAACAACAGCUUGAGCAACAACUAAAUCAAAAUAAAGAUUUAAAUGAUGAGCUACAUCAUUUUAAAAUCGAAUCAAAUAAUUUACAACGUAGCCUUAACGAUUAUCAAUUGACUAGUCGAGAAAGAGAUCGUUUACAGGAUCAUGUUGUUGAAUUACAGAAAGAACUUAAUACUCUUCGGCAAGAACUUAAAUCACAUGAUACUCGUUAUAAUGAAGCUCAAUUUCUUCGUAAUAAAUUAGCUGAGGAGAAGAGUGCUUUAAUGAAAGAAGUAUCACGAUUAGAAAAUCUAACAAAAGAAUUUGAAAGAGACUUGGAACAACUUCGCCAUACAUUACGAGAACGUACGGAUGCAUUACAAAUGAAAGAUAAAGAUAUAGCUGCUCUACGAAAAAAAGAACAAAGUUUUCGUAGUACAGUUGAAAGUAUUCAAAAUAAAUUAGAUACAGAAUUAAUAAGAAAUAAUGAUCUUGACGGACAACUUAAACAAUUACAAAGACAACUGAAUAUUGAAAUUCAAAAUGCCACUACUGCUAAACGUGAAUUAGGUGAAUAUGAAUUACGUCAUGUACGUUUACAAGAUGAAAUAAAUGCUCUUCAACGUGACAAAGAUCAUUUAACAAGUCAUAUUAGUACACUACAACAAAAACUUGCACAUGAAGAAGAUUUAACAAAUAGUCUACGAAUUGAAGUUCAAGAACUUGAAGAUCGUGUCAAAGAAAUUGAUCGUCUUAAAUCGCUGGAAGAUUUAAUACAAUCUCAACGUUGGGAUGAUAUAUCACAAAUGGCUCAAACAAUGCAAACAGUUAGUCGAACUAUGGCACGUGCUACAAGUCCAACAACAAUACGCAAACGUGUGGAAUUACAAUAA